CAAAAUUCCUGGAACUACCUUCUAAGAGUUCUAAGAACAUGUGAAAUUUGACUUUUUCGAUAACCAGCUCUACCAUAGGGGUCAUUGGUAAAAAAUCAUUCACUAUUUCUGGUGUUAAUUUUUAUUUUAUUAUUUUAAUAUUUUUAUAAUACUGGCAAGAAAUAAAGAAUGCCGUUACUCCUCGCUCAUAAUUAAUUUCAGUAAACUUAGAAGCUCCAAUAUGCUCGCUAGCUAUAAAUUUCUCGUGUUCUAAAGUUCCGGAAGAAGCCGCUAAUUAAGAUGUUCUUAAUAACGAGAUCCUACAAGCGGUAUAACGUGUCUACUGCGCUAAUAACUUCAUGUCCUAAUUGUUUCAACGUGCCUCUAAUGAACUGAUGCCUAUACGGUAAAUAUGCCUUCGUUAUAAAUAACUUUAACACUCUAAUACACUCAGUCUAGCGUCAUGCCUUCAGGAGUAAUAUUUAUUAUUUAUAUUCCGUCAAGCAAUUAUGAGCAUGUACUUCGAUUCGGUAAACCUAAAAAUGCGAUUUCAAUGGAAAAUGCACUAGAAAAACCAUAUCGAUUGGCUGUUGAAUUAAGAAAUAAAAAAGCGAGAAGUAUUCCAAUUCAUCUGACCCAACAGUACUACAAUGAGGCAUAUAAUGGUUUGGAAAUAAUGAAGGACGAUGAGUUUUUUACUAUGGAAAGUAUAUUACAAGAAUUAAUGACAAAGCUACAAGUCGAGCAUGCAGUGUGGACGAGCGAUAAACUGGGUAAUUAUUUUAAGAUAAUAUUCCCGCUGCCGACGGGAGACCGAUGCGAAACGAUGCUUCAUUGUCUUACAGAACUUGGCAUUGGCGUGAAAUGGAAAUCUAUAGUUAGGAGUAAACGUUUCAGCGUUGUUCCAUGUAACGUGGUACAUUCAGCGCUUGAUGAUGAAAGUGACGAGGAAACGAUAAUACAUAAAACAGAAGACGCAAAACGCUGGAGAAACUUUGUGGAAUCUAUCAGAUCAAAACUAACAGUGAAACAGGUGGUGGACGGAGUGCGCGGCGGCGGAGAACUUUCAUUUGAUUAUCUUACGCUAAUUAUAACAGCUGAUUCCCUUGCUGCUCUUGGUCUCGUUGAGAACAAUGCAUCAAACAUUGUAGCGGCAAUGUUAGUCUCUCCUUUAAUGGGACCAGUUAUGUCAAUCACAUUCGGCACAAUAAUAGCAGACAGAAGUCUCGUAAGAAGCGGUUUCGAAAGUUUAAUUAUGGGGAUGUUGUUUUCGUUAAUAUUCGGUUUCAUAUUUGGACUUAUAUUGGGCACAACCGAAAUGCCUUGGGGCUUUGGAGACUGGCCAACCGAAGAAAUGAAAUCACGCGGUAACGUGCGAUCUUUAUGGAUGGGCGUCUUGUGGGCGCUAACUUCUGGGACUGGAGUCGCUUUAGCAUUGCUUCAAGGAAGUGCUGGUCCACUUAUUGGUAUUGCAAUAUCAGCUUCCUUGUUACCACCGGUUGUGAAUUGUGGACUAUUUUGGGCUCUGUCUUGUAUUUGGCUCUUAUACCCGGGAGUAAAGAUACCUCACCUGAAGGGUGAAUCCUACAAUGGCACUUCUUCGUAUCAACCUUUAUACCACGACUACAUUCCAAUUGAAUUUGCUGUAAAUGGCAUCGUAAGUUGCUGCCUCACAAUUGUGAACGUUAUCUGCAUAUUCAUAACGGCCAUAAUAUUCCUCAAAAUUAAAGAAGUGGCGGCACCAUACACGUCGAGUCCGGACGUAAGACGGUUCUGGGAACAAGAUAUCAAAGUUGCGAGAGAAGCUAACCGCGCUUACCUACAAGGCGAAGAAGAUGAGCGAGCAGAAUUGAUUCUCGAGGACCUUAACGAAAGUACAAAUGAAGAAAUAAAAGAAAAAUUGGAGGCAGCCGUACAAGAAGCGUUAGACGACGAUACAUACAGGGCAAUCAAAAGAAUGAGUUAUCAAAGUCAUAACGCCGACGAGGUAAUCAGAUCUAUAGGACUACAAACUGGGAAUCCAGAGUCAAGGAGAUCUAGCCAAAUAUUUUCAACUGUGCCUAAACCGCAGUCGAGGACCAAUAUUGACGACAUUGCAGCUCUAGACAAACUAUUAACAUCAGUCCUGGGUUUAAAAGAAAAUAGAAGACGUUCUUUUCGGUCUCAUAGAGGCACACCGCGCUCCAGCAACUUACCGGUUAUAAAUGAGCUUCGGAAUAGACGAUCCGAAUCUUGGCCAGACAAGAUCUUUGAGGACUCUGUCGUGAACAGCGUUAUUACUACCUUGAAGGCUAACAAAAGAAAUACUUCAGAUGAAGAGUUAUUUUUAACACCAGAAUAAUUUAAGCACGUCAGUAAAUUCACAAGCAGAAUAUACAAUGUUUCUGUAACGUACCUUUGUUCGCAAAUAUCUACUCUUGGUACAGUGGAAACCUAUUACUCCGUUAAGAGUGUUAUUCGUGACCAUUUUCACCAAACUUCUUAUGAGUUAAGGCAUCACCGAUUUUGAUAAUGCUACAAAAUUAUACACAGCCCAUAUCAUUGGAAACCUUAUUUGCACCUCUUAUGUGUUGUCAGUAUGUAGAUAAAAAACUCAUAAUUUCAGGGAUGGUUGGUGAAAAUGAU